UCUCUCUUUUUCUCCUCCCUCUCUCUCUCUCCUCGCUCCCUCGCUCGAUCCCUCUCGUCGUCCCUAACCGUUCUCGUUCGUUUUCGCGGCAUCUUCGUCUCGCUCGCGUACAUUCGAACGAGUCGCCAGCGAGUUCGCGUUGCCUCGACCGUCCGCGGAAUCGCGAUCGCUCGCUCGCGUUUCCCGUCCUUCUCUUCCCUCUUUUCGCGCCUUUCUCUCUCUCUCUCUCUCUCUCUCUCUCUCUCUCUCUCUCUCUCUCUCUCUCUCUCUCUCUCUCUCUCUCUCUCUCUCUCUCUCUCUCUCUUCCUCCGCGUUUGCUCUACGCGCAUAAUAUACACGAGCCUCGCUCCCGAUCAUAGAGCAGUGGCGCGGAAUACUCUCGUAUAGCCAGCAAAAGUCCCCGGACUUAAAUUUUCAUCUAGUCGCCAAUCGGUAUGUACAUAGACACCGAUCGAUCCGCUCCCUCGAUCUUUCGACACGCGGCGGUGAUUCUCGAUAGGUGAGGCUGCCGUGAUCCUGCGCCCCCUCGCCGAGUAAAGUGUCUCUCCUCUUACGGAUAGUGGCCAAUUCCAGAUCGACGAACGGCUGGUGAAACCGGAACGAGAGAGAAACGGGGACGGAGAUAAACGUACACCCGGAAGAAGAGCGCGAUGAAGAGGAGGAGGAGCGACGAGGACGGCAAACCGGCAGCCAAAUAUCGACAUCGGGAAUAUCUGCUGAUCGAGUAUGUCGGGGCCGCGGAAGCAGCGUCCACCAGGGAGGCAGUCGUCAAGCAGGAGGAGGGGAAGGCGACGAUGGCGAUGGCGAUAAAGAGCGAAGACGUCAUCGAGAACCAAGUCGAGCGGCAGCAGGAGCAGGAGCAGGAGCAGCAGCAACAGCAGCAACAGCUGGCGACGUACGUGGCGAACGAGGAGACCGGAGAGGAGAGUGGUGUGGGCGUGCUGGAGGCGGGACAGCCGGAAAUGGAAAAUGGCGUCAUGGUACAGCCAACCGGUGCCGAAGCGGUCGCUAUUGCGGUCGCCGCCGUCGCUGCCGUCGCCAACGAUGCUCGCGCCGACGAGGAUCCCAACGCCACUUACACCCUCCACGAGCUGGGCUAUCAUCCCGCGCACAUAAUCCACGAGAGUUUCGGGGGCGGCGAUAUGAGAGAAGAGCAGCAACAGGUUUCGCAGCCGCCCCACCAAACACACCACCACCGUCAACAGCAGCAGCAGCAGCAGCAGCAGCAGCAGUACGUUCAGCUCGGGGCGAGAGAGGUCCCGAUUCCCGAGGGAGGGGAUAACCGACACCCGUCGGAGGUCUCUGUCGCGUCGGAAGGACGCCGCGCCGGCAGUCACAUGCCUCACUCCACGAUGCAUCGUUACGGUACCGAAACACUCUCCCCAACGACGACGGACCAUCACCAUCAGCAUCAUCAUCAUCAUCAUCAACAACAACAACAACAACAACAACAACAACAACAACAACAACAACAGCAGCAGCAACAGUCGCAUCACCAUCUGUCCGAGGUGCACCAGCACGUCGUCGCUCUAUCGUCCGCGCACCGUCAUCUAGAGGAUCCGCAACAACACCAGCAUCAUCAGGAGACGGACGAGGACGUGGACCGAGGAGUGAGCGGCAUCACCGCUGCCAUGAGGGGCGCGCGGGGCGAUUAUCUGGGUGUACUCUUUACGAAUCUCACCUCGGGCGUCGCGUCGAGCAACAGUGGCAGCAACCAUCACCAUCACCACCUGCAGGACGUGUUGUCCGACGAGUCGUAUUUGCAACAUCAGAUUCGCACCGGUGCCCCGCCGACCAGCAGCGCUGGCGGCAGCGUCGGUGGUGGAGGCUCGCCGUCGGUGAGGACCGUCGGUGGUUCCCCGACCUCCAGUCACAGUCCGCACGACGAUCAGGGCCUGUCGUCGCCGCAUCGACAGGCCCAGGAAGCCGGUUAUAGCCCCAGCGACCAGGGAAGACUGCAGUCCUUCACGCAUCUCACGGCCAUGCAACCACCGGUACAGACCAAUCACGGGCUGCAGGAGGCCGAGCGCGUGUCCGAUCAGCUGUACAUGGACUCGAUUUACGCGCAUCACGCGACCGCCGGUACCCCGCAUCAUCAUCAGGACCAGCACGACCAGGGCCCCCCUACCCCGCAUUCGCCUAGUCCGCUUUCCAGCUCUUCGUAUCGGCAGAUGAGCGGCGUGAGCACGAUGGGCGUCGGAACCGGAACGGGGAGCACCUACGCUCUCCCUUACAUGACGAGCAGCCCUACGGAGCUGGCGUCGUCGCCUCAGCUUUGGAACACUCAAGGUCUCGGCACCGCGCUGUCCAUCGCCGAGGAUUACGGAAGCAGCAAACCGUCGGGCAUGGUGUCCCAUCAAUCCCUGCCGGCGUUCUCGCAGCCGUUUGGAGCGCGAUCCGGCUACCGUUACAGUCCACCGUACGCGACGUCCCAACAGACGACCACCGACACGCCGACCGGCCGCGCCGUCACCGCCAGCGCCGUCGAGGCCGCCUCCUGGGUGUACGCGUCGAUCCGCGAGGGCGCUCAGCCCACGAGCGUCGAUCCGCUGACGACGCAAUACGGCACGUUUCAGAAACGGCAGACCGUUAAUUCGGCGGCGGCACCACCGCAACUCAGCGCCUCGGCGAGUCUAAGCGCAAUGGCGGACCAGGGCAAUUUCUACAAAGACUCUUCUCUCUUCUGUGGGUAUAGUGGCGCCCGUCGCGUCCUCGCGGAGGAGAAAACGAGCCGUCGUUUGUCUGCUUCGAGGCGCGCUGGUCUCUCUUGCAGCAAUUGCGAAACGACGAUGACAUCGUUGUGGCGUCGCAACGCAAGCGGCGAACCGGUGUGUAACGCUUGCGGUCUUUACUUUAAGCUACACGGCGUCAACAGGCCGUCGACUAUGAAGAAAGAUAGCAUUCAAACGCGCAAACGGAAACCUAAGGGCGGAAUGAAAACCAGCGACACACCUCUUUCGGGCAACGUUGCGCAAUGCGCAAACAACAACAAUAACAAUAACAACAACGUUAAACUCGAACCAGAUACCUAUGGCGAUCUGAGGAUGGCUCACACUGGCGUGUCACAAGUGUCAUACACGAGCAAUAUCUACAACACCCAGGCUUCGAACAGGAUAAUGUCCUAUCAGCCCACCACCACAGGUCUCUAUUAUGAGAUGAUGAAUUCGCAGCCACAACAGCAAUUGCUCGAGACUCAUUCGCCCAAGAUCGAGUGUCCGUCUUCACCUUGUGCCACCCGUUCCCCCGGAAUGGUCUCAGCUGGUCAAUCACCGGAUCAUCACCAGCUCACUUCGCCGCAUAUCGUUACUCUGGGCAGUCCAUCGAGUAGUCCAGCUGGUCCUAAGAUUAUCCUGGAUAACGGACACCUUGAAAGAUCUACGGUUGUGUCAAUAUCGUCCUAGAAGCUAUUCAGAAAGAAGCCGGAUACUUCUCUCGAGUUGUCACAGCUCUUAUAUUUCUUGAGAAAUUUUAUAAUAUAUUUAUAUACAGUGUGUGUACAUUAUAUAUUUAUAUAUUAUUAAAUUUCGUAAUUUACAUAUGACUUGAUUGAAAGAACUUGUUUCAAUUUGUGCAAUUGUCGUUUGCACAAUAUUUUUUUUUUUUCAACCAGCAAAAUAAGCAUUUUGUUAGGUUUUCUGCGCGCAUUGUGAUACACAAAAUUGAAAGUUAUACUUUUGUAGAAAUCGUGUGUAUAAGAAAGCAAGAAAGCAGUAGUUGUAAAUAUGCGUUUUAAAAAAUUUUAACAUGAAUUUUUCGAAAAAAAAAAAACAUGAACUUUCUUUGUCCAGGAAAAUGAAUUGUACUUUUUUAUUCAAUCUCUUCUUUUUUUUUACCAAAGAAGACUUUAUUAACAAGUCUUGCGAAUCGACACUUAAUACCAAAUUGCAAAAAAUAUUUUAUCUGUAUA